AUGAACAAAGCUUCCAACCCUGGUGGUCCCCCCGGCCUGCCACCCCCAGAAGCUGCCAAUGCCGAGACGAGGCUGAAAGGUCAUGUCGGCCAUUUGACCCCAGAGGAGGAAUCCGCUUUUGAGGACUUCAAGAAGCUGUGCGCCAAAGAGGGCUUCUACACGCCCCAAACGGCAAAUGGAAAAGCCAGUCACGAUGAUGGUACCCUCAUCCGAUACUUGAGAGCGCGAAAGUUCAACCCUCGAGAAGCCUACAUUCAAUUCAAGGACACGGAGAUUUGGCGCAAGGAGAAUGAGCUCGACGCACUCUACGAGAACAUAGAUAUACGCGAGUAUCAGGCCUUGAGGCAGUUCUACCCACAAUGGACCGGUCGAAGAGAUAAGAGGGGGAUACCGAUAUAUGUAUAUGAGAUUGGCAAGCUGGACCACAAGAAGAUCACCGCGUAUGCUUCCACGACCUCCAAAUCCAAGACCAAGUCACCCGGCCUUCGGCUUUUUGCCCUCUACGAGAACCUUACCCGCUUUGUCAUGCCUCUCUGUUCUUCCGUGCCCGGAAGACGGAAUCCAGAAACACCAGUCGAUCAGUCCAACAAUAUCGUUGAUAUCUCCAAGGUUGGGCUGAAGCAAUUUUGGAACCUCCGAAGUCACAUGCAGGAGGCGAGCACACUGGCCACCGCUCACUACCCGGAAAUUCUGGACAGGAUAUUUGUUAUCGGCGCCCCUUCAUUCUUCCCCGUCGUCUGGGGCUGGGUCAAGAAAUGGUUCGACCCCAUCACCACUUCCAAGAUAUUCAUCCUCGCCCAACAUGAUAUACUACCAACGCUCUCCUCUUUCAUCGAAAUCAAAGAUAUACCAAAGAAGUACGGAGGAAAGCUAGACUAUGAAUAUGGAAAAAUGCCAAAUCUGGACCCGGACAUCAGGCAACACCUGAGCAUUGAGCCGAUAAGGGAUGCCGAGACUUUCUUCCUCACAUCACCGAUCCGGUGGAUCGAUGCAGGCGAAAGUGGCGAGGAUGGUGAAAUGACAGCCCUAAGCGUGGGGACUUUGGAAGGGGACCGCCGCAAGGAGCGGGUUGCGGUUCUGCACGCCCUCGCCACUCGUGUUGCUACGCACUCGAGCAACUUUCGGAGCCAGCGGACGGAGACUCCCACGCAUCCCAGCAGGCCCGCUACAUCGAACGGCCAACCAGCACAGCAGAACGCGCCUGUUCCCAACGGUCAAGCUGCACCGCAGAACGGGUCAGUAUCCAAAGGUCAAGCUGCACCACAAAGCGGCGCUGCUUUCUUGGGUCAAGCUCCACCUCAGAGCCACCCCGUCCCCAAUGGUCACAUCACCCCUCAAAGCCGACCUACAAGCAUACAGCCUGCCCCAAAUACAGAUCUUAGCGCUGCAUCACUACACGAUCAACCAGUACCCGGUAGCGGACCUCUUCAGCACCCGUUAGCAAACGGCGGCCCGCCUAUAAGCAAGCCACAGAGCAUAAGUAUGCCGCCACCGCCGACUAGUAUGGAGCGGACGAAGACGGAUUUCUAUACGCCGCCCAGCGAUCCUUCGGAACUGAAGUAUCUUCAAUGA